CCCCUCCUCUUCCUUGUAGGUCUUCGCGUUCCACCGGAUGUGACAUUUCCCUCGCGAAUCCACGGCCACUCCGAUUCCGAUGGGAUGGUUGGUCUGAUUGGGGUCGUCGUUGUCCAGGCCUGAGAGAGCAUCUGUGUCCUAAAUUUACGCAAUAGUUUUCUUUCUAACGACUGGGAGAGCCUCGAAUCCUCCUAAAUUAUGCAAUAAUUUUUUUUCUGACUGCUCGUGGCGCCGUUCCCCUCGGAAAUUUCGACCGCUUUCUCGAUCCCCACCUACACGUCUGGUAGUAUUCCUUCCGCCCGCCCGCUAGCCUCGCUUCCUUGCCCUCGCUGCUCCCCCACGGAAAUUCUCGAAUCCCCCGAACCCUAGGGCGGCAGAGGAGUCGUGCUCCGGGGACGGGCUUGGUUUUGUUCGCUCCCUCCCGCUGCUGAUUCGUCGCCUUGUUCGCUUGUUUCUCACAGCCGGAACGCGGUUACUCUCGUCUCUCGUUGUUGCAGUGAAAACUAGAAGAAGAGAAGAACGGCCUCGGAAUGGAUAGGAACCAGGAACUGGAAGAGGUGGUCCCAAAUGACUUGGACCCUCUUCUUGGGAGGGAGAACAGGGAGUCUGAGUCAUCGGUGGAGCUGUCACCGCCACAGCCAGCAACUGUGAGCCCGCCGGAGAUUGAGGAUGAAGAGACUGACGGCUCUUCUGCUGCGUGCUGCCGCAUUUGCCUUGAGGCUGAGUCUGAGAUAGGUGAUGAGCUAAUAUCACCUUGCAUGUGCAAGGGAACUCAGCAGUUCGUUCAUCGUUCUUGCCUUGACCACUGGCGGUCUGUUAAGGAAGGAUUUGCAUUUUCACACUGCACAACUUGCAAAGCUCAGUUUCAUCUUCGAGUGGAGACCUGGGAGGAUAACUCGUGGCAUAAAAUGAAGUUCAGGAUCUUUGUUGCAAGGGAUGUUCUACUCGUCUUUCUUGCUGUACAGCUUACUAUUGCUAUUAUCGGUGCAAUUGCAUACUUUCUAGACAGGGAUGGAAGUUUCCGGAACAGCUUCAGCGAUGGUUGGGACCGCUUCUUGUCAAAGCACCCAAUACCAUUCUAUUAUUGCAUAGGUGUUGUGGUUUUCUUUGUUCUGCUUGGAUUCUUUGGGCUGAUUGUACACUGCUCAUCCUUCAACGAUAACCAGGAUCCAUGCCUGGCUGGGUGCCGGAACUGCUGCUAUGGUUGGGGCAUCCUGGACUGCCUGCCUGCUUCCUUGGAGGCAUGCUUUGCCCUGGUUUUGGUUUUCAUCGUUGUGUUUGCUAUCCUUGGCAUCGCCUACGGCUUCCUCGCUGCAACCAUGGCGGUCCAGAGGAUCUGGCAGAGGCAUUAUCACAUCCUGACAAAAAGGGAGUUGACAAAGGAAUACGUGGUGGAAGACCUUCACGGCAACUACACGGCGCCUAAGCUUGAUCCGGAGCACGAGGAACGGCUGAAGAUGCUGAAGCUUCUCUAGAGAGAGAGGUGCACCGUGCACGCCUCCUGUAUCCAUGGCAAGGCAUCAACAUGGGUCAAUCCUCUCUGCGUCUGUUGUCACAAAAAAAAAAAAAAAUCCUCUCUGCGUUCUAGAUCAGGGAUUGGUUACCCCGUAACACUGUACAAAAGAUGAAAUCCUUGCUUGGACCUGUAUGAAAUCCCUAGGUUCUCAUGAGAUUUACCUUCUCGGUAACCUUCGUCGAAGACUUCUAGUGCCGAUGAAAGUGUACGCAUGUUCAUCUUUUCUCUUCUUUUUUUAACGAAUUGAAAGUUUUGCGCAUGUUGUGUAACAACUGUGUGGUAAUAUCCAUUCUCAUAUAUUAUUCCAGUGCUUGAAGUUACAAGAUUAA